AUGGGCCUUCUUGUAUUGUGUACCUCAAUUGUCGAAGCAGAAAAAAUCUUAAGUGCCAUUUUUACAAUUAUUCUAAGUAAAUCUGAUGAAGAGUUAUUACAAAUCAACCAAAAUAAUAAUUUUUCUGAAGAAUUGUUGACGCCUUGUGCCAAAAGCAAAAAAUAUUUAAAAGAUUUGAUAAAUUGUUCAGAUGAAAUUGAUUAUUCACAAUUCGAAUAUGAUGAUGACUCUAACUUGAGGUUUCUUCAAGAAAACAAUGCUAAUGAUGAUGAAGAUCUUCAUAAUGAAAAUUGCCUUGGUGGUUUUAAAGGAUGGGCCCAAAGUAUUAGCAAUAAAGUAAAAGAAGAAAUAGAAGGUAUUGAAGGAUCCACAGACAAUGCAUAA